UUUCUUGACCUUGUGUUUAAACAAUAUCAUAAUAUUGGUCGUUCGGUUUAGAAAUUUAAACUUUUUAUAGGUGUCAGUACUAAUUAUACGCCAUUUUUUUAUUGAGUGAACCGUAAUCGAGACAGUUACCAUUUAAAGUAAAUACAUACGAAGAGGCGAAGUCGAGGUAAAAAUCUGCACUAAUUAUACAACACAGUGUCGGAAGGCGAGACUAUUCUUCAUCCGUAUACUGGUACUGAGUAUCAUCAAACAUGUUUCCAUUGAGAGUCGUACGCCGUCGACUAGCACAGUUAAUAAGGAAUUAUAAUCUUAUGAAACGUUUAGUUUUGAUUGGUGGAAUAUUUAUGUUAAGUAGUUAUUCAAUUUACCACUUGUACUGGGGACCCGGAUAUAUGUCUUACGUUCACGGAAAUAUUUGGGCAAAGUGUAUGAUACCCCAAGUAAACCCAUUCGAUAAGGAAAUUAUGAAAUUUUACUGGAAACCAGAUCCAAUUGUGUGUUCUAAGGAAACGGACUUAGUUUAUUUCGACUAUAAUGCAACGUUGCAUAUAAAUAAAACACGGACACGUGGUAAGAUUGUCACGUGCAAUUACCAAGAAAUUAAAAGGCAUAAAGAUGACAAAACAUUAGAACUUGGAAAUGAGGUUUGGUUUAAUAACUCGGUAAUAGUGAAAACUGAUUUUGUAAAUGUGAACUGUUUUAUAAAUAAGAAAAAAAUAUACAGUCGAUUGCAUCUACAAGUCUACCGAUCUGACAAAACUGUUAGAACAAAGAAAAAUGGCGGGAAAAAUUAUAAUAUUCUCAUGUUUGGAUUAGAUUCUGUGUCCAGGUUAGCAGCAAUUCGAGAGCUUCCGAAAACUCUUAAAUAUCUCGAAACCAAUUUAAGCGGAUAUGUUUUAAAAGGUUAUACGAAAGUGGCUGAUACAACGUUACCUAAUCUUGCUCCGGUCAUGACCGGACAUUAUGCCUUUACGAAGGAGUUUCCGGUUAUACCGAAUCUGCCUUAUGACAACCAUCCAUUCAUUUGGCGAAAUUUUUCAGCGCUAGGUGCCGCCACGUUCUUUUCGGAAGACUGGCCCCGAUUAUGUACUUAUAAUUUAGAGACCAGUGGUGGCGGUGGAUUUUCUAACCCUCCAACAAACCAUUAUAUGAGACCAUUUUAUUUAGCUAUUAACGAAAUGAAACUAUUUGAAGCUCCACUAGCAGACGUGCUUCAGUUUUUCGAAGAUAAGAAUUUUAAGCUUCGAGACAACUCGUAUUUGUGUUAUGGUGAUAAUCCGAUGCAUGUAUUAGCCAUUGAAUAUUUGAAACGAUUUUUAAUAGCAUAUCGUCAUGACUUUAAAUUUGCGAAAGUGUGGAAUAACAAACUAAGUCAUAAUUAUGUUAAUUUUAUCAAACUUGCAGAUGACGACCUAUUAGAUCUUCUUAUUUUUAUGAAAACAGAGGGAUUUUUAGACAACUCUUUCCUUUUCUUCAUGAGCGACCAUGGGUCACGUGUCGAUAAAAUCAGAAAUACACCAAUCGGAAGGCUAGAAGAACGACUUCCAUUGAUGUCUGUUGUUAUUCCAGAACAAAUAAAACAGAAAUAUCCGAAUUUGCAUGAAAAUUUAAAGACUGAUAUAGAUCGAUUAACUUCCCCUUUUGACAUUCAUAAAACAAUGGUUGAUAUUCUCAACGAAAACUUUCAACCAAAGGAAGUUGAACAGCCUUAUCCAAGAGGAAUUAGCCUUUUUAGACCAAUACCGGAAGACCGAUCUUGCGCAAACGCAGGAAUCGACGAACAUAACUGUGUUUGCUAUUCAUCAGAAAAAGUCGAAACAAAAAUGCCAGUUAUUCAAAAACUAACUUCGUUCGUAAUUUCCCACAUAAACGAGCAGCUUCCGAAAGAUAUAUGUGCAGAUUUAAAACUGAAGAAAGUUCUCGCAGCUAAGAGAGUACAUACGCACUUGACUUACGAUCAACAGACUCAGAGCAAGAAACCCCUUUUAUACUUUUUCUACAAACCAAAAGACGAUACUCGGGAGCGUUAUCUAUUAGUUUUACAACUGAGUCCAAGUGAUGGUGUUUUUGAAGCAACCGUGGAACACCAGAAUGAGAAAGACUUUAAUAUCUUAGGGGAUAUAAGUAGAACCAACAGAUACGGGAACCAGUCUAUAUGUAUCCAUGAUAUGCAUUUACGGCACUACUGUUACUGUAAAUAAAUCUAUUCAGGGAUAUAAGUAGAACCAAAGAUACGGAAACCAGUCGAUGUGUAUAGUGAUAUGCAUUUACGACACAACUGGUACUGCAAUCAAUUCAUUCAGGAAUAUUAGAAGGACAGAAAAACGGUUACCAGUAAUUAAAUAUAUACAUGAAUGCAUUUACGAUAUUACUCUUGUAUUUAAGAAAACUGAAUACAUACAUAAUACAUUAAGGAAUGCAAGAGUAAAUGCACGCAUUUAUUUAACAUCAGAACGGCUAUUUAACAACUAGUCAAUGCUAGCAACUGACUGCGGAAUCGAUGUAUUAGUUUUACGACAAUUCAUGCUUGCGACCAUUGUCUAAGCAAAGUGAGAGACAAUCAAAACCGAAACGUGAUUUCUAAGUUAACAUAUAAGAUGUGAUUUUUUAUCACUUAAAAUUGAACAGUGUUUUGUAUAAAUGAUGUUGCUGUG